AUGUCUACAUUCAACGGAAUCGUAUCUGAAUUCCCAGACAUCAGAAUUGACUUCUUUCGGCGCAAUGCCGGUGCACAACCACCACUUGCUUGUUUCCUAAGUCAUGUUCACAGCGACCACUUGGCUGGGAUUGAGAGCCUGCGAUCUCCAUUUGUCUACUGCUCAGCAGCUACCAAAGAGAUCCUUCUUCGUCUUGAACGAUAUCCUUGUCGCAUCAACUAUGCUAAGGGGGUGCUGGAAUCAAGACAGCAAACCUUCAAGCAUCUCCACAAAGUCUUGAAACCCUUGCCUAUGGAAACGCCUACGUCGAUCGAGCUUUGCCCGGGCCGCGAGAUCCAGGUAACUCUUUUUGACGCCAACCAUUGCCCAGGGGCGGUGAUGUUCUUGGUCGAGGGAGACAGCAAAGCAGUUUUAUACACCGGAGAUGUUCGAAGCGAACCAUGGUUCGUGAAUGCUCUUUCCCGGAAUCCGAAUCUCAUCGAGUACACGUCUGGGAUUAAGACUCUCGAUAAGAUCUAUCUUGACACAUCUUUCACUGAGAAUGUGCCUUUUCAGACAAAAGCCCAAGGCAUCGCUGAAUUGUUGCGAAAGGUUUCCCAAUACCCUAGUGAUACCAUCUUCCACUUACAAGCCUGGACUUACGGAUAUGAAGACGUCUGGCUCGCCUUGUCUAAGGCUUUAAAAUCUAAAGUUCAUGUCGACGAUUACAAACUCCGGAUCUAUGGUUCGCUCAAAUCAAAAACCUCCGACUCGAGAUUUGACACAGACAUUCAUCUAACUCCAGAGUCACCGGCUCUGACUGGCCACAUGUGUGGCAACACGCCACAUCCAGGGUGCUUAACGUCAGAUGAAAAUGUUCGCUUACACAGUUGUGAAAAGGGAAGCUUAUGCGAAGUGGCUCAAAGACCUACCACUAUAUCUAUUCAACCUAUCGUUGCGCACCUGCCUACAGGAGAGGACUUGACCGAAGUUGGUGUUGGCGGCGGUGGAGUUGAUCUUUCACGAGAAGCCGAGUUGGAGUUUCUGGACCAAGCUAGCUUGGCCACGCUGUUCAAUACGUUCCUCUCCUCAUCUAUCUCUUCAACCGACAUGUCAGAUAUACUUGAAGGGACCUUGGAGAAGAUAGCCUCCACCGGUCGCAACAUUCCACUGGACUGGGACAUCAACACCUUGAACGCUCACUCUGCUGAAGAGGUUAUCAUGAUGCUGGUGGACAAAGUGAGAAAGAAUCCCAAAAACCAGAAGCAGCGUGACGAGUGCAGUCUCCCAAGAAUGAUUUACUUUCCAUAUUCGAGGCAUUCUUCGUUACCAGAACUCCGCCACUUCGUUGAAGCUUUCCGGCCACUAGACGUGUGGCCAUGCACUGUCAAUAACGCUGAGUGGCUAAAGAAUGGGAUCACCAUUGGGGGCAUGUUUGGGCCCUCAUGUUCCGGUGAAUUGUUUGAACAUGAUUUGGUGAUGCAGGAUUUUGCUGCCACACACAUAUCAGAUGACGGACAUCAGCAACACUGCAGCCAGACAACGAUCGGAUCCGACUCCGUCCCAAGCUCACCAGUCCGUGAGUCACAGGGUGCAAGUCAGAAACGCCGUAUCACUAUAAACAAUCGAUUCGUAAGCCCCUUAUUGGAUACACAAGGAAGUAUUCGUCACGGGCGCAUCGUCUCGGAAGUGGAAUGCCCAGAGGAGAACCUGGAAGCUCCAUCCGAAAACUCUACUCAGCAGUCGCUCGUAGUUCAUACCAUCGAGCAAUCAGAGGACAUGCAGCAAGAGAACCACAUUUAUCCGGAAUCACUGACAAAUAACUCAUCCGAUUCGCCAGCACCUGUUUCUUGCCGUCGCAAACGUACUGUUUCUGAUACUUCAGUAAGUGGAAAUGGAAGUAACAGGAGACAAAUGCGCCAAAUCACUGAAGAACCGUUGCCCCUGAAAUUACUAGACGAGGCCUCGAUUGGUCGCCAAGAUGCAUAUUGGCAUAUGGUUGAUUACAUGGACGAGGGUACUUGGGGUUCGUUACAGCUUAUAUCUACGAACAACGAGUAUACAGUCAAUGAACCGGAACUGUGA